GUCUGCAUGCAUUGAUAUUUUGAAUUCCCUUCUUUUUUUUUGUCGUGUCCAUUUCGUGAGGUUAUAAUUUAUAAACGUUAUCAAUGGAGUUUGUUUUGGAGGUCUUCCACGCACUAGAUUCUCGCCUCAGAUGCUCAGUUCUUCCAAGCAUUAAUGUUGAUCGUUAAAUGCACCAUCAGUUGUAUAUUCAUCGAAGGGAGAAGUUUUAGAAGUCAGUUCAGAUGGAAAGCCAAGAGUUCAGGCAGUAGAGCUGUUGAGAAGGGCAAGUCUGACAGCUUGUAUAUUGACAAACGUGGAAAAUUCAGAAGCUUUAAUACCAAGAAGCUGUCAAGGAAACGAUGUGGUUCAUUACGAGGGCGAGGAUGGAAAUAUGGAUCAGGUUUUGUCGAUGGAAUUUUCCCAGUGAUGAGCCCCACUGCUCAGAAGAUUCUGGACCUUGUAUUGGAGGAAGAGGAGGAACAAAAAAGAAUCUGGGACGUUCUUGAUACUCUUCCAGCCUCUCAUGAAAUAUGGGAUGACAUCAUCAAUGUAGCUGUUCAACUUCGUCUCAAUAAACAAUGGGAUCCUAUAAUGUUGAUAUCUGAGUGGGUACUGUACAAGAGCUCCUUCAAGCCAGAUGUCAUCUGCUACAAUUUACUCAUAGACGCUUAUGGACAGAAAUCACUUUACAAAGAGGCAGAAUCCACAUAUUUAGAACUUCUUGAAGCUCGUUGCAUGCCCACUGAAGAUACUUAUGCCCUUCUUUUGAAGGCCUACUGCAAAUUUGGGUUGCUAGAGAAAGCAGAAGCGGUAUUUGGCGAAAUGCGAAAAUAUGGUCUUCCUCCAAGUACAGUUGUGUACGAUGCCUAUAUCGAUGGGCUAAUAAAACAAGGAAAGCCUAAAAAAGCAAUAGAGAUCUUUCAAAGGAUGAAGAGGGAUUGCUGCCAGCCAUCAACUAACACUUAUACAAUGCUGAUCAACUUAUAUGGAAAGGAAAGUAAAUCAUAUAUGUCGUUGAAGAUGUUUCAUGAAAUGAGAAGUCAGAAGUGUAAACCAAAUAUCUGCACGUAUACUGCAUUGAUCAAUGCAUUUGCCAGGGAAGGACUUUGUGAAAAAGCAGAAGAAAUAUUUGAACAGCUUCAAGAAGCAGGGCACGAGCCUGACGUGUAUGCUUACAAUGCGCUAAUGGAAUCUUACAGUCGUGCAGGUUUUCCAUUUGGAGCUGCAGAAAUUUUUUCACUCAUGCAGCACAUGGGUUGCGAACCAGAUAGAGCAUCAUACAAUAUCAUGGUAGAUGCAUACGGACGAGCUGGUCUUCAUGAAGAUGCUGAAGCCGUGUUUGAAGAGAUGAAACGUAUAGGGAUUGCCCCAACAAUGAAAUCCCAUAUGCUACUUUUAUCUGCCUACUCUCGAACCGGCAAUGUAGCUAAAUGUGAAGAUAUAGUGAAUCAGAUGCAAGAGUCUGGGCUAGAGCCAGACACUUUUGUCAUCAACAGUAUGCUGAACCUAUACGGUCGAUUAGGGCAGUUCGAAAAAAUGGAGAAAGUUCUUGCUGCUAUGGAAAAAGGACAAUAUAAAGAAGAAAUCAGUACAUAUAACAUCUUGAUUAAUGUUUAUGGACGGGCUGGGUUUUUUGACAGAAUGGAAGAGCUCUUCCAAGUGAUUCCAAUGAAAAAUUUAAAACCUGAUGUUGUGACAUGGACUUCUCGUCUUGGGGCCUACUCUAGAAAGAAACUGUACACAAGAUGCUUAGAAAUUUUUGAAGAAAUGAUUGAUUCUGGUUGCUACCCAGAUGGAGGAACUGCCAAAGUUCUUCUUUCAUCAUGUUCAAGCGAUGAACAAGUUGAGCAGAUAACCACAGUUAUUAGAACAAUGCAUAAGGGUAGGGAGGGUGCUAUAUCCAUAUGAUGAAUACAAGUAAUAUUCAUCUUGUAUCACUGUUUAGGUGCUAUUUCUAUUUGUGCAGAGGCUUCCUUUAGAAAGAAAAAAAAAUGUAGGAUACAGCUUUACUUCACCUUAUAGCCAUUGGUGUACAGCUACAAAUAAUUAUUCUUUCUGAAUUUGAUCAUCUUAUUGGAAAAAUAGGAAAAAUGAUAGCAUUGGUAA